AUGACAUCAGUAAUUGCAUCAAAUAUCCCAACCCAGGUUUCUUCAGCAAAAGUGCGUGAAUUUUUUUCAUUCUGUGGCAAGAUCAAUGAUUUAAUUGAAUUGGAAAACAAUGGCAAAAAUACUAAAUCUUUUCAAAUAGUUUUUGCCUCUCCAAAAGCUGUAACAACUGCAUUAUUGCUUAAUGACGCCGAAUUGGAAAAUUCAUUUAUUAAAGUUGAAGAAUCUUCAACAACUGAAGGUGAAUUGAGCAAACCAACCGAUACUUCUUCUUCUGGCACAGCCACAGCCACAGAUGACAAAAAGACAACGGGAGACAAAACAUAUGACGACGUGGACCAGGAAGAUAAACCCAAAUUUGCUAUUUUGGCACAAUUAUUAGCCGAUGGUUAUGUGCUCAGCGAUGCAAUAAUUGAGCGCGGUACUGAAUUUGAUAAGAAAAAUGGCAUUUCGGAGAGAUUCAACAAGUUUAUAAAGGAUUUAGAUGAGAAAUAUGUUCAUUCGCAAGAUCCAAAUUCAAGAGUUAAUCAGCAGUAUAAUCGAGCACAGGAUGCCUUACACAAGUCAAGUUUAUGGCAAUAUUUCAGCGAUGCUGCAAAAACACCAUUAGGAACAAAGAUUCAUCAGUUUUACUUGAGGCUUUCGAAUGAUGUUAUGGAUGUUCACGGGGAAGCUAAAAGAUUAGCUCAGAUCAAAAGGGAGAAGGAAACUACAGCGGUAGAACUGAAUAAAGGAGAAGAAGAACAGGAAAACGUGCCAAAACUGGAAAAAAUUCCUGCACCUGUCUAA